AACAGUUCUUACUUCAAUAUUAGUAUGUAAACUUAGGCAAAGGCAAAAAAAAAAAAAUACAAGGACCACAUUCUUAAAAGUCAGAUAUCUUCAUAACUCCUUUUAUCUAUUUGACGGAACUUGACUCCCAUCUAGAGGCAACACAGGCAGCUUGCAGUCGUACGUUUCCUGAUAAUGUCGUAAAGAAAUUACCGCGUCCCUGUCGCUUUACGGCAGAAUGUACAGAGGCUGGUGGUCAUGGUUUCGUUGGUCUGCAGACAAACACAGAGCAGGGUGAGCUCUGUUCUGAACAGAGAUGUGAAGCAGUUCGGAAAAAAGUACAUGUUUGACUCCAGAGAGGACACAUGCUGGAAUUCUGACCAGGGUGAAUGUCAGUGGGUGAUUCUGGAGUUCCCGCAGUCUGUCGAGGUGUCACAGUUAAAGGUCCAAUUCCAGGGAGGCUUCUCAGCUAAAACAUGUAGACUAGAAGGCUGCCCAAAAGAUGGAAACCUCACAGUGAUUAGCCACUUUUACCCAGAUGACAACAACUCUGUCCAGAGCUUUCCCAUAGAGGAGGGCCCUGCAGUCGACAAAGUAAAAAUAGUGUUUGAGAAUAGUGCAGACUUUUUUGGUAGAAUUAUUGUUUAUUCAUUGGAUGUUCUGGGAGGAAAAGCUUCAUGACCCCCACCCAACGCAUCACACCGUCAUGAGAGAGGAAGUGACCAUGAGCUCGGGAAAGUGCGGUGGCCACGCUUGGGAACAACGUUGUCUUCAGUUACUUUUUUUCCAAAUGGAUCGAAAAGAGACCUUUUUUGGUAUAUGGUUUUUUGAAGUAAAUGUUUCAGGCUACAUUCCUCAAAACAAGGAGACUUAGAAGAGUCAAUCCAUGUGGUAUCACUGAAGGCUUCCUGAAUGUCUCCGAUUUGCUUCAUACUUUACAUAAUUAAUUUCAUUAGUCCCAAUAAACAGUGUGCAACAUUCCAGCAUAGUAUUUUUGAUUUCCCUGAAGAAGAAAAAAUGCUGUUGGAAAAUAUGACAUUCUAUAACACUCCCCCACCCCCCACCCCCCCAAAAAAUCACGAUUUACCAUACUAGAAAUGAAUGUCCACAAUUGCAUAUUUACUAGCUCAUGGCUUAUUGAAAUCUGUGGGGGAGAGAAAUAAUUGGCGUUUUCUGCUUUGUAACAUUUUUGGCCGUCUGUCUCUCCACAUUUAACCCUCAUAUUGGUCACUUUGAAGUACUAUUUUGGUAACUAAGUAUUUCACUUUUUGUUUUUCCCCAGUGAUAUCAGUCACACCAACCCUAUUCAAGUCCCCAAAUCUCUAAAACCAGAGGUGGAAAACCCCAGCUUCAGUUAGUAAAAGUCUUAUCGUAUAUCGCUUCUACCUGUGCAUCUAAAACAGCUGAUUUCAAAUAAGGUUAAUAAUUGAGGUUUGGGGAAACACAUAUAAAACUCAUACGAAUCCAAUAUUUUUUUUGCAAAAGAAAGCUAUAAGAAU